UUCCCGCCGCCGGCAUUCGUUGCUUUGGAGAAGCGGAAGUGAUGAGUGUGGGCUGCGCGGCGGUUGGAGUGGGGAUGGAGGAGGAGCAGAAGGAGAACCUUCCGAGGGUCGUGGAAAGUGGCCUGGGCCCGGGCUCAGGCCAGGGCCAGAUGAAGCAGCGUAGCAGACUUGAUGGACAAGAGCUGCCAAUGAAAGCUACCCCUGCUGCCUAUGUUAAAGAUUUCAGUGACCCAGUCUACAAAGAGAUUGCUGUCACAAAUGGCCAUAUCAACAGGAUGACUCGUGACGAGCUUCGCACAAAGCUAGCAGAACUCCAUCUGGAAACCAGGGGAGUGAAGGAUGUGCUGAGAAAACGAUUAAAAAAUUACUACAAGAAGCAGAAGCUGACUCAGACAUUGUUAAUCAAGCCAGAGUGUUCAGAUAUGUACUACGAUUACAUCUGUGUCAUUGACUUUGAAGCAACGUGUGAAGAGAACAACCCACCGGAAUACUUGCAUGAAAUUAUUGAAUUCCCUAUUGCCCUCGUGAAUACUCACACUCUCGAAAUUGAGGAUACAUUCCAGGAAUAUGUCAAACCAGAACUGAAGCCCAAGCUUACAGAAUUUUGUACCAAACUCACAGGCAUCACGCAGGAUAUGGUUGACAAAGCAGGGAGCUUCCCAGAUGUUCUUCAACGAGUGGUUGACUGGAUGAGAGAGAAGGAACUUGGAACCAAAUGCAAAUAUGCAGUGCUGACUGAUGGCUCCUGGGAUAUGAGUAAGUUCCUGAAUGUUCAGUGCCAUCUUAGUAGCAUCGAAUAUCCACGGUUUGCAAAGAAAUGGAUUAACAUCCGAAAAUGUUAUGGUAACUUCUACAAGGUUCCUAGGACUCAGACUAAACUCGCCUCCAUGCUUGAAAAGCUGGGAAUGAAGUACGAAGGGCGGCCUCACUGCGGGCUUGAUGAUUCCCGAAAUAUCGCUCGUAUUGCUAUACGGAUGCUCCAGGAUGGAUGUGAACUGCGAGUGAAUGAGCGGCUGCAUGCAGGGCAGCUGAUGAACGUGCCAAAUACCUCCCCACUGGAGAGUGCUCCUCCUCCUUAUUCACCAUGGCAGAAAAUCUAGUCAUCAACAGAAUCAUGACGGGGGGGCCAAACUGGACUCCAAUGAGCCCCAUUUGGCUUGAGGGAGCACAGCAUUCUGACUGUUUGCUGGCAGCUGCAAAAAAACUCCAUUGAUUUUUAGAAAUUCUCUCGUUUAGAAGCACUGGCAGGAUUUUGUGCCAUAUUUUUCACUUGAGUCACACGAUUGCCUGUUAUGUUCUAAUUGUGUUGUAAAACUUACUGUACAGUGUAAAUUGGUGUAAAGUGGGGAGAUAAAUGGCAAAAUUCUGCUUAAUCCUUUUGAAGCAUUGUUUUUUUAUAUAAAUUAACACCUACAAAAGUAUUGUUUUAGAAUAGCCCAGCUUUGCCUUUUUACAUCUUGUGGAAUUUAAACUUGUCAAAAAUAAUGUGCAAUUGUCACCUUUAAUCAAUUGCUUUUAUGAUUCCUUUAAAGAAAAACACUGCCUCUUAAUAGUUUGACUCACACAUCCUAAUAUCACAUUAAGUUUCUUUACCUUAAAGGAAGCCAGGAAUCAGCUUUAUGCAGUGCUAAGCUUUAUCACGAACAGGGGUAUUCUUGCUUGCCUCGCAUUAGGCAGAUGAACCCGACAUAGUUGUGGUAUGGUUUUCUCUGCUGUGCUAAUUUGCCAAAAUAAUAUGCAGCCCAACCUUGUGGGAUUUCAUCCAUUUAAUGGGACAGAUAGCUUCAAUGUGGUACCUUGCUACAAAUUGAAUGUUCCUACAUAAAUUAUUUACUAAAUUCUUUGAUAUAACUUUAUGCCAAUUGUUUGAAAAUGUACAUUCCUCUUGUACAUUAAUGCUGCAGUGCUUGAGCUAUUAGAUUUUUUAUUACAUGCUUGAUAUUUAUUUUUCCUUCGCACAUCCCUUGCCACAUUUUUUACCCAACUUCUGAUGGUGACUGAAAAUGCCAUCAAAUUUCCUGUGACAGAGUCACUCUGCACUUGCACAAGAGCAUUGGAGGUUGUCAUGCUUUUUGACUUUCCCAUCAUGCAGAAGCUCAUGGGAGGAGUCUGCACUCAAAUCACUGCACUUGUGCCUCUGUUGGCUGCAUUAACUAUAAAGGUAAAUUCAGCUACUCAUUCUCAAAGAGAACAGUAUGCAGAGAGGAGAGAAUCAGAGAUAAGGGGCACAAUACUAUCAGCAUUUCUUCAAUCCACAUGGUUCCCUGCUGAGAGUGCCAAAUUUGUCCUUCAAUGUUGCUUCCUUUCUCCAUGUGAAAGUUUGAAUAGAUUAGAACUUGUUACAUCUGUUCAGUACCUUUGUUUGGUUUUGUUAAUUAAAGGCUAAGUUUUAAAAGUUU